UGUGUGAUAUGUGCGUCUCCCCGGAGGUUGUACUUAGAGCGCUGGGUGAAGUGCGCGGCGUGGCAGACGCGGUGAAUCGGCGUACACCGGCAGUAGGGGACGGAGGGGAAGAGAUAGACAUACACUCUCCCACGAAAAAGGAGUACAUGCGGGAAGGAAGAGGAGGAAGAUACACGGCAUGCGGGACAUCCCGGCGAUGAGCGCGGAGCUGGCGGAGUGCUGACGGGCUCGGAUCGGCUCGGCAGCGAUGCGUCCCUCCGCACUGAUCCCCGCGUCGGCCGCAGGCGUGCAGAGCUGCGCUUCCCCGCGAAAGCAUCGGGCGCACUAGCCGAUCCUCGGCUCCAUCCCGGGCUGCCCGUCCAGCCCCUUGGUCUCCUACUUCAGCCCGCGCCGGACCGGCAUCCAUCACUUUGCGCAGAGUAAAUAAAACAAGCGUAGCUCUGGUUUAAGUGGAUGAGACUUAACCCGAUCGCUGACUAGCUGGGUUUCUCGGAUGUACCCCAGUAUGUCGUGUUGGACCCGUCGGGGGCUGCUGCUGGCGCUGGCCCUGGGGCUUGCGCUCCUUGUGCCGAUGGCGCUGUCCCUGGGCGCCGCGGAAAAGACCCGGCGGUCGGUGGGGAACGGCCACGGGACCGGAGUCACGUUGCGGCCGGAUGACUCGCACGGCGACGGGCACGGAGUCAACAAGACCAAGAAGAUCUUUCCUGUCCUGACCUUCGACUUCGCGCAUGUGAAAAUCCCCUUCGAGAUCUCGCUGUGGGUCCUGCUGGCCUCCCUCAUGAAACUCGGCUUCCACCUCAUCCCGCGUCUCUCCUCCAUCGUUCCCGAGAGUUGCCUGCUCAUCGUGGUGGGGCUGUUGGUGGGCGGACUCAUGAAGCUGGUGGGAGCGGCUCCCCCAGAGCUUCAGUCGGACGUCUUCUUCCUCUACCUGUUGCCGCCCAUCAUCCUUGACGCCGGUUACUUCUUGCCCAUCCGGCCCUUCUCGGAGAACCUGGGCACCAUCCUGAUGUUCGCCGUGGUGGGCACGCUCUGGAACUCCUUCUUCAUCGGAGGCUUGCUGUACGCCGUCUGUCAGAUAGAAGGCACCGACCUUAAAUCCAUCGGCCUGCUGCCCUGCUUCCUCUUCGGCUCCGUCAUCUCUGCCGUGGACCCAGUGGCGGUGCUGGCCGUCUUCGAGGAGAUCCACAUCAACGAGCUCCUGCACAUCCUGGUGUUCGGAGAGUCGCUGCUCAACGACGCAGUCACCGUCGUCCUGUACCACCUGUUUGAGGAGUACUCGGGUUUGGGCAUGGUCACGUUCCUGGACGUCUUCCUUGGCGUGAUCUGCUUCCUGGUGGUGUCCCUGGGCGGCGUGCUGGUGGGGGCUUUCUACGGCCUCCUGGCUGCCUUCACCUCCCGCUUCGCUUCGCACACUCGCGUCAUCGAGCCGCUCUUCGUCUUCGUCUACAGCUACAUGUCGUACCUGUCUGCCGAGGUGUUCCACUUGUCCGGCAUCAUGGCGCUGAUUGCCUGUGGUGCCGUCAUGCGCCCCUAUGUGGAGGCUAACAUCUCCCACAAGUCACAUACCACCACCAAGUACUUCCUGAAGAUGUGGAGCAGCGUGAGCGAGACGCUCAUCUUCAUCUUCCUCGGCGUCUCCACGGUGGCUGGGCUCCACUCGUGGAACUGGACCUUCGUCACGGUCACCAUCAUCCUCUGCCUCGUGGCUCGUGUGCUUGGGGUGAUGGGCCUCACUUUCGUGAUCAACAAGUUCCGCAUUGUCAAGCUCACCAACAAAGACCAGUUCAUCAUAGCCUACGGGGGCCUGCGAGGGGCGAUAGCGUUCUCUCUGGGCUACCUCCUGCAUCCCGAAGAAUUUCCCAUGCGGAACAUGUUCCUUACCACCAUCAUCACAGUCGUCUUUUUCACGGUCUUUGUUCAGGGCAUGACAAUCCGACCUCUGGUGGACCUCCUGGCCGUGAAGAAGAAGCAGGAGACCAAGCGCUCCAUCAACGAGGAGAUCCACACGCAGUUCCUGGACCACCUACUGACAGGCAUCGAGGACAUCUGUGGGCACUACGGCCACCAUCACUGGAAGGACAAGCUGAACCGCUUCAACAAGAAGUACGUGAAGAAGUGCCUUAUCGCAGGAGAACGUUCCAAGGAGCCACAGCUCAUCGCCUUCUACCACAAGAUGGAGAUGAAGCAAGCCAUCGAGCUGGUGGAGAGCGGUGGCGGCGUCAAGCUGCCCUCCGCUGUGCCCUCUACCGUUUCCAUGCAGAACAUCCAACCCAAGAAGUCCAACUCUGAACGAGCUCUGCCCCAGAUCUCCAAGAGCCGUGAGGAAGAGAUCCGGAAGAUUCUGCGGAGCAACCUGCAGAAGACCCGGCAGAGGUUGCGUUCCUACAACAGGCACACGCUGGUGGGGGAACCCGAUGAAGAUGGCUGGAAUGACUUGCUCCUAAAGAGGCAGAAGAUAAUGGACAUGGACAAGCAGAUAUCAAGGAUGAGUAACUACCUCACCGUGCCAGCGCCCCCCCCAGAAUCGCCCACGCUUAGCCGGUCCCGUCUUGCAUCAGACCCCCAGCACUACGUCCCCAAGCCCACCCUGGGCAACGUGCCCAUCAUCAAGGUGGAUCUGGCCUCGCCGCAGUCGCCGGAGUACGUCAGCGUGGUGGACGAGUUCCAGAAGGAGGCCGUGCCGCUGAAGGAAGAGGACGAGGACGCGGGCGGCCUGACGAUGAAAGUGCCCCUUGGAGACCCAAAAAAGGAGGAGCAGGAACAGCAGGACGGCGGUAAGGAGCAGCAGCGCCUGAUGCGGUGCCUGAGUGACCCGGGGCCUGGCGGAGCUGAGGAAGAGGACGAGCCCUUCCUCCCAUGAGCGAGCGCUGCCCCCCUGCCCCCCCAGGAGAUGGCAGACUACCCUGCUCCAUGCUGUCCAUGCUGUCCCUCCAUGAUUUUGCAUUCAUUUGGGUUAAAAGACUGAAACAAGCCAAAAAAAAAAUGAACUGACACUGAAAGAGGAAAACACAAUACAGCCAUUUAUUUUGUACCAUUGUUGUCUGUUUUUAAUGUCCUCUGCGCCAUAAGCCUAGUCUUGGGCCCUUCGGUGCUUUGGAGGCCGGGGUUGCAGUACUAUGCAUUACCAAAGGGUGGCGCUCCUGUUUCAGGAGGACAGACGUGGGUCCAACCUCCCCCUCCGGCGGCUCUAGUUGGCACCCCUCCCACCCCGGUUUGGGCCGUUUCAUGCAGUGUUUGUGGUGUUGUCGUCUCUGCCACCAUCGGGUGGCGCUCUUGUUCUUUCUUCUUCUCUGUACGUCGGAGUUCAUCUCGUUUAUGUUCCAUAAUUGUUGGUGCAUCCGAUUCAGAAGGAAAAGGGAAAAAAGGGAAAAAAAACCCAAAUUGUAAAUUACUACUCGGGUAAACCUCCACUUGGGGAAAGCUUUUCCACUGCACGAGGUCCUGAACUUCUGGUUCUGGUACUUUUUUUCCACUGAUUUCCAGUCCAGUGGCAGUAUCAAAGUACCAAGGCUCCUGGGGUACUCCUGGUACUCUGAGGCGGGACUAUUGAACCUGCCUCUAAAACACAAAAUACAACCGGCAUCUUGAAAAAGCACAAUGAUAAACGAAGUUUAAACAAAGGUUAUACCAGGGGUGCCCAACCGCAGUCCCGGAGGGCCGGAGCCCUGCACAUUUUUGGGUUUCCCCUCAUUUAACACCUGAUUCAACUCCUUGUGCUAAUUACCACACAGCUCUUGAGCUGAAUCAUUUAUGGUGGAACAGGGAAAGAACUAAGCUACACAGGGCUCCGGCCCCCCAGGACUGGAGUUGGGCACCCCUGGUUAUAUGAAUGGAAGCAUGGACUAAUUAAGAGAGCCAAGCUUUAAUUUCCAUCACGUCAGAAUAACAGAUUCAGCGAGAUGUGGAUGCCGUAACAAGAAUUAAAGCAUUUCUUAUACUAGGGCUUCACAGUAUAGGAAAAAUUUCAAACAUCGCGGUGUGAUUUUGUUGCAAUAAAUAUUUACAAAGCAAAAUUUCACAAAUUUAGAUGGGAAGGUUGAAAAUGAUGGAGAGUUCAAGCAAAAGCAACGGCGCUAAACUUUCAACAGAUUUUUAAACUUGUACUAGAUAAUCUUUGAAAAGCAACAAUCAUUAAAAUUGCAAAGCUUGCCAAGUUUUGAUUAUUAAGAGCGUAAAAUGUUUUUGUGGAACUUGAACCGGCUGUGCUGUAAUGUCUGGACAGUAUGAAGGUGUGGAAACGUGUGAUCUCAACCCAGCUGACUGUAGCUGUCCUUGCAAUGUGAGAAUCGCAUGUGCGUAACAUGUGAUGUUGAUAUUAAUAUUGCACAUCGCCCAGCCCACCCUGCCUCAUGGCGUAAUGUCAUUCUGUGCCAGUACCAGUUUAUCACACCGGUAUAAAACAAACACAGGAAGUAGCAUCCUCUUGGGUAAUGUUUUGAAGCAUCAAAAUUUCAGGACCUGGUGCAGUGGAAAAGCACCCUUGGUGUAUUGUAACAUCACCUGUCAGCUCUCUGUCAUGUCUCUCUCAUUCUUAAGCAAUAUCAUCUGUGUACUAAUCGACUGACUACUGUGAUUUCGAGGGUGGGUCAGUGGGGUGCUUGGCAGCUGGCUGGGUGUGUAUGAUGGGUUCUGACUGCGUCUUGGUGUCUGGCUUGUCCCUCUCCGACGCCUGCUCUCUGUCUCUGUUUUGUCUCUGUUUUGUCUCCCCGUGUUGCUAAUUCAUUUGCUGGCACGUGCACAGACGUGAAAAACGAGCCGCCUUGGCAUUUCUCCAUGUUAAAUGUAGUGACAAGCAAUCUUUACUUAAUUAUUACGAAUUAAUUAUUAACUAUUAGAAAUUACUCUUCUUCAGAAAUAUAGAUUUAUUGCCAUGAUAUUAUAAACACUAUUUUGUAUACCUGCAGAAGUUCUUUCCCAUUUCUCUUGAAUGUCUUAAUGCCACUAAUGAUCAUGUUCCUGAGAACCGUGAGAGGGAGGAUCCCUGAUCCUGUCUCUCUGUCCAGUUUUAAUGGUUACCAGCAGAUGCUCUGUUUGAGUCUCUCUGCUGGGGGUGGGGGGGUGAGGGGGGGGGUGACGGGUGUUCAUUAAACGUAUAGUUUGCCCCCCUGUCACACUGCAUUACAUGCCUCCACUCCAGCAGUUUGCACCUUUUUCCUGUGUCCCUUUUGCUUCUGUUACUUUGCCCCACCUGCUGGCCAUGUGGAGUCAUUGCAUGGUGCGUGACUACACCUGAACCACUAAUGCACUGAAGGGGGGGGGGUCAGUUCUCAGGUAGUUUUGAGUUGCCACUGUGUACUGGGAGUACAAACUAACUGCACAAAAUGAUCUGUUUUUUUUUUUUUUUUAAAUCCUUCCUUUGUCUUUGUGAGCAUGUGUGAGUCAUUCAGGGACCCCAAGCUUGAUGAAAUCGAUUGUAAAUCAUAGCUACAGUCAUUUGACUUUUGUACAACUAAAUCUGUAUAUUUGCUUUUACUGUUGUCUUCAUGUCAGACAUGAUCACUUGCUGGCUCCCAGUGCCUCAGUCAUGUUUCUGGGUGUAAACUAGGGGUGUUUGGGUAUAAUGGUUAACCAGGAUAAAAAAAUCGGAAAUGGUUAUAGCAUUAAUGCUGUUUUAUAUCGAAGCUUAAAUAAUAAUGUCCAUCCAUCGAUUUAUCGUGACUGCUUAAUGGCGGGGGGUCUGGAGCCUAUCCCGGGAACAACGGGCGCAGGCGAGAACCAACACACUGCAGGGCACACACACUCUCUCACACACACACACACACACACACAGAGGGCCAAUUCAGACACGCCAAUCAGCCAACCCUGCAUGCUUUUGGACCGUGGGAGGAACCCGGAGCCCCCGGCAAAAACCCACACAAACGCAGGGAGGGGGUUCUUGCUGUGCGGCAGCAGUACUAACCAGUGCACCCCCAUGCUGCCCCUGAUAACGUCAUGAAGCGUUAAUAUCUGUGACCCGCACACAUGGGCUAAUGAUGUAUUAUCACAUGAAUAUCAGUUACUUUUUAAUGUUCCCAGUUCCCAUGAAUUCAGAUUAAUUCCGGAUUGCGAUCAUUUUCAUAACAUGUGCAGAUGCCACAUUUUACAUCAUACUUCAGUUAGCUGCCUAACGGUCUAAAGAUACUCUGAGAGGCGCUAGUAACAUUAACAGGAAAUUGCACCCUGACCAUGAGCCACGUCGGCCCUGUUUGAACGAGGUUUUUCAUGAGUGACUUGCCAGCGUGUAAAGCUGUAAUAGACGAACCGUCACACUCCAGCUGAGAUGCUGGCUUCUGUCACAUUACUCUGCAGUUCGAAAUCUGAGUCACCUGUAACCUGCUAAAACGAUGCAUAGGCCAAUACUUGCACAAAUCACGUCACUGGUUAGUUAAAAUGGAGAAAAGACCAGACGUACAGUACUGUGCAAAUGUUUUAGGCAGUCAAAGAAAAUGAUCAUAGUGUCUGUCAGAGUGUCAACUAAACUAUUUCAAAACUUCUCCUAAAGUCGCCCCGAUCACUGCCCCACCACGAACGGCUAAUCAGUACUUCAUUGAGUUACUUAACUAAUUAACCAUUUAACUAAAUAAUUGAUUAAUUGAGCUGGCGGUACACCUGAGGGGCACUUCUGGGACCUGAUGCUGUGUUUUUAUAGCCGUCCAACAAGAUAUCAGUCACUUUGGAAAUCAUGUUUUAUACAUUUAUCUUGCUGUUGCUCAGUUGCAUGUAUUCUGAUAUUAAAUUGUGUUUCUGAGCAAAUAUAUACUUACUACCCAGAUAAGAUUAAGGUUAAACACUUUAUUUCACUGCCUAACACUUUUGCACAGCACUAUUCCGUGCAACUAAAUGCAAUAAGAAUUAAAUAAGUUGAUGCCACACAUUUUUCAUGUAUGCUUGUUAUUUAUUGAAUGGCAGGGUGUGUGUUGUUAUGAUGUAUCAAAAAUGGCAAUAUUGGGAUAUACGAUUAUUAGACUGUGAUUUUUGCCAUAUUAUUGCAGCGCUGGUAUAAGCUACUCUGUAUUGUAUAUAUGUGACUCCCUUUAGGCUGGUAUGACACACAGGAGGUCCUAUGUGACUGUUUUGUUGCUUUGAUGUUUUUGAGCUUGGUGUCAUGUUUAUGAAGGAGGAGGCAGUGAUCAAGAUCGCCCCCUGCCACAUCCUGGUGGUACUGCAUCGCCGGUGUGGCUGUGAUUUUUGUCAUCCCCGGGGGGUGAAGAUGGUAGUUUGGCCUUUCCAUCAGUACAGGGAAUGAGGCGAGAUGCCCACAGCAUCCCCUACCCCCCCUCACCCUGAGCUGGUUCUGUCUGACCCCCUCCCAGUUUCAGUUUUUCGGGCUGGAUCAUGGCUUUUAUUUGUGCCUUUCGUCACUGUCUCCAGUGUGGUUGGGAUGGAAACCUUGGCUUGUGGGUAGUGCCACCAAACACAGCAGGACAGAGGUCAAAAAUGUCUCCAUGCUCCAAAGCUCCCCUGCUGGCCACAAGAGGAAGUGCGGGUUCUUAUGUAUUCAUAAGACCACAGGCUGGCACAGUAUCCAUGCAUUAUUCGCUGUGUGUGCCUGUGUGACAUGAAUAUAGUGAUAAUUCGGGCAUUCAAUUAUAAUAAUUUUUUCAGUGGCUGUGUAGAGUUGGAAGGGGCAUUCUGGGUAACGGUGACUAGAGGGUUGAAUCCCUCCUGCGGUGGGAUUCAUCGAUUAGUAACAGCCAGCUCACUCUGUGGGGUAGAUGAAUUAAAUGAUCAUGAGCGUUUGGAGAUCAGCAGCCACCUGCGUGCAGUGCACCUGUCGCCUUGUGCUGUGCUGUUUGAAAACGGGAGCAAAUAAUGAUGAUGAUAAUUAGGAAAUAAUUUUACCAGUGGAGACUAAUUGGACCAGUUAAGUGAGAGAAGCUGGUUGGAGUUCAGAUCUGCUUGUUUGGUUUUGAUCUGAUCUGAUCCCCACUUUUUCUCAGCAUCACAUAUUGAGCGAUUAAGAUUAAAAUUAAGGAACUUUAUCGAUCCCACAGGGAAAUUCUUCUUCAUAAAGCAUCAAGUAUGUAGCGCACAGAAAGAUGUACAUGUGCAAUAUCCUAGACCUGGUGCAAACACACGAAAGAGUGCACAGUACUCGUAUAUCCUGAGAGUGUCUCGAAGUUCACUUUGGGGUGUCCAACGAAGUACUUUAACAGAGUUUUCUCAUCCGGAGCUGGUGCCCUGGCGUUGCUGGGAUGCCAGUAGCCUGUUUUAAUCCUGUAAGUUUGUGGUUCCAUUUUUGUUAAAUGGGGAAAUCCCUAACCCUCUGUUGGUCAGUUUGUGCUAUUUCAAGUCUGUUGUCAUGGAAACCUUAGUGUGUGUUUUCCAGUAUGUAUUUGUGCACCUUCCCAUCCUCCCUGUGAGGUCCGAUUGAGUGCCCCCCUUCCCCCCUCAGUACAUGUGAUACACUGUAUAACCCCCCCUUCCCAGCACAGCAUCCCCUAAUAGACUCUCGCUCACUGUUGUCUCAGUGCUGUUUUUAUGAACAUGUAGAUGUAAACAGGGUUGCCCACAUCUGGGCUCAGCUCCUCCACUUCCUCCCCACCUCCUCUUCAUCUCCCGUAAAGACUCCACCUGACCAGCGCAUUCAUCUCCUCCUCCUCUGGUCUCUCCUCUGAUAUCUGUCCCUGAUAUUUCUGCACGGCCUGUUGCUCUCUGGUUGCUGCCACUAGGGGGAGCAGUGGAAUGCCACUGUCUGUUACCAUAUCCAUCUGUGGCUCUGUAAGCAAGCAGGACCCAGUGCCGGAACCUUCCUCCGAGUUUGGCCCGUUACCCGUUCUGUGGUCAGAAUGGAUGUUGGUUAGCGGUUGCCUCGGCCUUCUGCCCCUCCCGAACCGCGGCGGACCCGGUUUCUCUGGACCGUGCCUUUCUCAGCCCCCCACCCCCCCACUGUGCAUACAGAAAGCAUGAAACCUUUAUAAUGGAACUCUGCUGUAAAGGAAGAGCAAUACUGCACUGCAGACAGGCAGAGAGGGACACAUCGCCUUGUUGACCUGCCGAGGAGGAUCCUUCAGAGAGGACACGCCCCCUCCCUGGCUCAACUCCACCCCCUUCCCACUGAAACACUCCGUCUUUGCUCACACUGCUAAUUCAUUGUCUGGCAACAUGCAAAAAAAAUUGCAAUAAUAUCGAAGAUUUUUAUUUUGUAUACUAUGAAUAGAGGAUUUAUGGAUUGAAAACUGUGUGAAUCUACGGUGUUCGACGCGGGACCGGUGUGUAAUGCGAACCAGUAGGACAAAGAGCAAACCGGACAUUCCCUCCGCAAGGCUGCAUUCCAUCCCUGUAUUUUGAAAACUAAUGUACUGUAAUGGUUUAAAGAAAAUAUACCAAAUUAAAGUUUUAAUUUAUAAUACAUGUGAAAUGCA